AUGAUCCUGGCUUCCCAGUCGUUCUUCACCUGCACCUGGAUCACUCUGAUGCCAAAUGCGUUUGCUGCUGCGGAAGCCACGAAGCCCCACCGGAGGUGCUCCUCUUCAGUGAAACGGACCCGCAAACAAGACACCAGAAUGAGGAAAGAUGACAGUGCCAAAGGGUGGCCCCUGAAACAUGAGCAACUUCUCCAUAUAGAGGACCAUGAUUUUGCAAUGAGACCUGGAUUUGGAGGGUCUCCAGUGCCAGUAGGUAUAGAUGUCCAGAUUGAAAGCACUGACAGCAUUUCAGAAGUUAACAUGGACUUUACAAUGACUUUUUACCUCAGGCAUUAUUGGAAAGAUGAAAGAAUCUCUUUUCCUAGCACAACAAACAAAAGUAUGACCUUUGAUCAUCGAUUGAUCAGAAAGAUUUGGGUGCCUGAUAUCUUUUUUGUCCAUUCUAAAAGAUCCUUCACCCAUGAUACGACCAUGCAGAAUAUCAUGCUGCGUGUACCUGAUGGAAACGUCCUCUUCAGUCUCAGGAUAACUGUUUCAGCCAUGUGCUUUAUGGAUUUCAGCAGGUUUCCUCUUGACACUCAAAAUUGUUCCCUUGAACUGGAAAGCUAUGCCUACAAUGAAGAGGAUCUCAUGCUCUACUGGAAACAUGGAAACAAGUCCUUAAAUACCGAUGAGCACAUUUGCCUUUCUCAGUUCUUCAUUGAGGAGCUCAGUGCAUCCAGCGGAUUUGCCUUCUACAGCAGCACAGGUUGGUACAAUAGACUUUUCAUCAACUUUGUACUAAGGAGGCAUAUUUUCUUCUUUGUGCUGCAAACCUAUUUCCCAGCUAUGUUGAUGGUAAUACUGUCAUGGGUUUCAUUUUGGAUUGACCGAAGAACUGUUCCUGCAAGAGUUUCGCUAGGAAUCACCACGGUGCUGACCAUGUUCACCAUCAUCUCUGGCAUGACUGCCUCUAUGCCCCAGGUGUCCUACAUCAAGGCCAUGGAUGUGUACCUGUGGGUCAGCUCCCUCUUUGUGUUCCUGUCAGUCAUUGAAUAUGCAGCUGUGAACCACCUCACCAGAGUGGAAGAACGGAAGCAACUGAGGAAAACAGGCAAGAUUUCUGGAAUGUACAAUAUUGAUGUAGCUCAAGCUAUGGCCUUUGAUGGUUGUCACCAUGACAGCGAGACUGACACGGACCAGACUUCCUUUUCUCUCCACUCAGAAGAGGACUCCAUUCAAGGAAAAUUCGCUGGCAGCCCCAGUGCAGACUCAGCUCAGAUAAAGAGAAGAAAAUUCCUAGGAGGCCACGUUGGUAGAGUCAUUCUGGGUAACAACCAUGUCAUUGACACUUAUUCAAGGAUUUUGUUUCCCAUUGUGUAUAUUAUAUUUAAUUUGUUUUACUGGGGUAUGUAUGUGUGA